UACCUUCUCGGCAUCUUCCUCACCCAAUUCCUACACUACUCUUCCUCCAUCUUUCUUUCACCACUAGUUGUCUAGUCUCAAACAAGAGUUGUUUGUACUAGACAACUAGUACUUGGUUUUCUUUUCUCUUUGUUUGUUAAUUACUAUGAAUUUGGUCCCCAGCGGCUGCGUCUUUGUUUUCCUAUAAUUCUCUAAUUAAGUGUGUGCCUAAGGCCCGCACUCCAAUCCCCCUCCCUGCUCAAUUCUGCUUUCACACUCUCAUCUACCAAUUUUGUAUUACUACUACCGGAAAGAUUGCAAUCAACUGUACUGUGAAAGGGAUGUCCAAUUCCCGUGUGGUUAAUGGUGGGUGCGCUAAUGGGUUGGUGAUGGCUGAUGCGUUGGCCGAAGAUUUUGCCAAUUCUGGUGCCAUGAAGCGUCACAAGCUCAUCAUUGACACCGAUCCUGGAAUUGAUGAUAGCAUGGCUAUAUUAAUGGCAUUCCAAUCACCUGACUUGGAUAUAUUGGGAUUGACAACAAUAUAUGGUAAUGUAACUACUGAAGGUGCUACUCGCAAUGCAUUGCUUUUGUGUGAGAUUGCAGGAUAUCCAGGUGUGCCUGUAGCAGAGGGUAGCCCUGGACCUCUCAAGGGGGGGGCACCAUGCAUCGCAGACUUUGUUCAUGGUUCAGAUGGACUUGGCAACAUAUUUUUACCUCCUCCAAAAUCUAAGAAGAUUGAGAAAAGUGCAUCUGAAUUUUUGGUUGAUAAAGUAUCUGAAUACCCUGGCGAAGUAUCUAUACUUGCAUUGGGACCUCUAACCAAUUUGGCAUUGGCUUUCAAGCGGGACUCAUCCUUUGCAAGCAAGGUGAAAAGAAUUGUAAUACUUGGUGGAGCUUUCUUCGCUUUGGGAAAUGUCAAUCCUGCUGCUGAAUCAAAUAUUUAUUGUGAUCCUGAAGCAGCAGAUGUUGUGUUCACUUCUGGGGCAAAUGUUGAUGUUGUUGGCAUAAAUAUCACAACACAAGUCAAAAUGACAGAUGCUGCCUUUGAUGAACUAAGACAAUCUCAUGGAAAACAUGCUCAAUUUGUGUGUGACAUUUGCAAAUUCUACCGUGACUGGCAUGUCAAAUCUGACGGUGUCUAUGGAAUUUUUCUUCACGACCCUGUUAGUUUUGUAGCUCUAGUCCGGCCUGAUCUCUUCACAUACAAGAAAGGGGUUGUGAGGGUUGAGACACAGGGUAUCAGCGUGGGGCAUACCCUGAUGGACCAAGGGCUGAAAAAAUGGAAUUCAAGCAACCCAUGGACAGGCCAUUCACCUAUUUCUGUAGCAUGGACUGUUGAUGUGGAUGAAGUGCUAAACUAUGUCAUGAAAAGCUUGAUGAAACCUUGACCAUAAACAUUACCUUUUUCUGUGCAUGUUGGACCGGUCAUGAAACUCCAUUAUGGAUGGUUAAUCGCUGCAUAUCUAUGCGGCAAUUGGGUACUUCUCUGUUCAAGAUAGGGCAAUGGUGGACUUAUGCUGCUCAUUAUCUUUGAUUUAUUUACACCUGAUACAUGUUCAUUUGAUGACGUAAUAAAAGAUAAUUUAUCCGGGAUA